AUGAGAUUGAUAGAGGAAGUCAUUGGGCUAGACGACACCUCAAUAUUUGGUAUGUAUGACGGAUUUGGAGAGGGAACAAUAGAAUGCUAUAACAAAGCUUUCAUCGAGUGCCGCGAGAGGGCGCCACAUCCUAUACAGUAUAAGGAUCUCGUUCAAGAGAAAAUUAACGCUCUUAUUAAUUUCCCGAAAAUGUGCCGUGAUUAA